ACAUUUCAGGCACUAGAUAUUUCGAUAUCAAAGACAAAGAAGCAGACAUGAGCGGAAGAGGCAAAACCGGAGGCAAGACCAGGGCGAAGGCCAAGACUCGUUCAUCCAGGGCUGGACUGCAGUUCCCCGUCGGUCGUGUGCACAGGCUGCUGCGCAAAGGCAACUAUGCACAGCGCGUGGGAGCUGGUGCACCCGUCUACAUGGCUGCAGUGAUGGAGUACUUGACCGCUGAAAUCCUGGAGUUGGCCGGUAACGCCGCUCGUGACAACAAGAAGAGUCGUAUCAUUCCCCGUCAUCUGCAGCUGGCCGUGCGUAACGACGAGGAGUUGAACAAACUGCUCGGUGGCGUUACCAUCGCUCAGGGUGGUGUGCUGCCCAACAUUCAGGCUGUGCUCCUGCCCAAGAAGACCGAAAAGUCCAAGUAAAUUUGACCCCCAACCUCCCUGACCACAAAGGCUCUUUUAAGAGCCACCCACAUCCCUAAAAAAGUAUUUUCCAAGUUGUUAUGAAAUUGGGUAUAAAAUCACAAG